ACGGCACUCGCUGGGUCUCCGGUCGCUACCGCUGUUCUUGGCGACUUCGCUGCAGCACAGGCAGCAGCUUUCCUGGUCGCCUUGAAAGUUGUCUUCCCUUUCGGAUUUUUUUUUGUUCACGGACUUCUGAGACGCGCCGGGGGGAAAAAAAAAAAAUGACUUUGCCGUCGCGGAUUUAAACGAGUUUGUUAUCGCUGAACCAAACUGAACCGUUGACUUUGUCACCAUGAGAAGUAGGAGCAACUCGGGCGUUAAGCUGGACAAUUAUACCCGGAUGGUGCACCAGACUAUCCUGAAACACCAAGAUCCAGUAACGGGUCUUCUGCCUGGCAGCAAAGACCAGCCGGACGCCUGGGUCAGAGACAAUGUUUACAGCAUCGUGUCGGUGUGGGCCCUCAGCCUUGCCUACAGGAAGAACGCUGACAGGGAUGAAGACAAGGCUAAGGCCUAUGAACUGGAGCAGAGUGUGGUAAAGCUAAUGAGAGGUGUCCUUCAGUGUAUUAUGAGGCAGCUGGAUAAGGUGGAGAAGUUUAAGUACAGCAGAAGCACCUCAGACUCUCUCCAUGCCAAGUACAACACCAGGACCUGUGCUCCAGUUGUUGGAGACGACCAGUGGGGUCACCUACAGGUCGACGCCACCUCACUCUUCCUGUUCUUCCUCGCUCAGAUGACCGCAUCUGGUCUUCAUAUUGUCUACACCCAAGAUGAAGUGGACGUAGUUCAGAAUCUCAUGUUCUACAUCGAGGCAGCUUACAAAGUGGCGGAUUAUGGGAUGUGGGAAAGAGGAGACAAAACCAAUCAGGGCAUCACUGAGAUUAACGCCAGCUCUAUAGGCAUGGCCAAGGCAGCUCUGGAGGUGUUGGACGACCUCAACCUGUUUGGAGCAAAGGGAGGACCUGGAUCGGUGGUCCACGCUUUGGCUGAUGACAUACAGCACUGCCAGUCCAUCCUGACCUCCAUGUUACCCAGAGCGUCCAUCUCUAAAGAGGUGGAUGCCGGAGUCCUGUCCAUUAUCUCUUACCCUGCUUUUGCAGUUGAGGACAUUAGCAUAGUCAACAUGACCAAGGAGGAGAUCAUCUCUAAACUUCAGGGUCGAUACGGCUGCUGCAGGUUUCUCAGAGACGGACACAAAACGCCUAAAGAGGAUCCAAACAGACUGUAUUACGAGUCUGCAGAGCUGAAGCUGUUCGAGAACAUCGAGUGUGAGUGGCCGCUGUUCUGGACCUACCUCAUACUGGAUGGCAUUUUUAUCAACAGCCCUGAACAGGUGCAGGAGUACCAGGAGGCUCUGGAGGGCAUCCUGAUCAAACAGAAAGACGGGAUACGACUGGUGCCAGAGCUCUACAGUGUCCCCCCAGAUAAGGUGGAGGAGGAAUACAUAAACCCUCACUCUGUGGAGAGGGUUCCUAUGGGCAAAUGUCCCCUGAAAUGGGGACAGUCUCUGUACAUCCUGGGAAACCUUUUGGCCGAGGGUUUUCUUGCCCCCGGAGAGAUUGACCCUCUGAACCGGCGUUUUUCUACCAUCCCUAAGCCUGAUGUGGUUGUACAGGUGUCAAUUCUUGCAGAGAGUGAUGAGAUUAAAGAAAUUCUGCUGAAGCACGGUAUAGAAGUGGAGACUGUGGCUGACAUCCAUCCCAUCCACGUGCAGCCGUCCAGAGUCCUUAGCCACAUUUACGCCAGACUCGGGCGUAACCCGAGGCUGGGUCUGACAGGACGACCCUACAGGAGCAUCGGAGUGCUGGGAACCUCCAAGUUCUACAUCAUCAGGAACACCAUCUUCUCAUUCACACCUGAGUUCAUUGACCACCAGCAGUUCUACUUGGCGUUGGACAACAAGAUGAUCGUGGAGAUGUUGAGGACAGAAAUCGCCUACCUCUCGUCCAGAUGGAGGAUGACUGGACGACCCACCGUCACUUUUCCCAUUUCACAGACUAUGCUGACUGAAGACCAUACAAACCUGGACCCGGCAGUCUUGGCUACACUGAACAAGUUACAGGAUGGAUACUACGGAGGAGCGAGGAUCCAGACAGGGAAGCUGUCGGAGUUCUUGACCACUUCCUGUUUCGCUCACCUCAGUUUCCUGGACGGUAAGGGUCCUGGCAGCAUGGGCCGCCAAAACGAGGAGUAUGAUGAUGAUGAUGAUGAUGAUGAUGAUGAGGAUGAUGAGGCCGAUGACCUCGCUCAGUACCUGGAUUACCUGUUGGCCCAAGCUGUCCCCAAGAAGCACAAAAAGCAGGUCAGGGGUUUGGGAAGGUUCAGGGCUGUUGCCACCAAAACAAAGGAUAUGCUGUCUCUGAUCAACAAGGCUCAGGACCUCAACAUACAGAAUGUCAACAUGUACCUGCCAAACAAACUGUUCCGCUCUCCUCAUCCGUCACUCCACCUGAACCUCCCAGGCUCCUCUGAAGGGCAGGAAACUCCGGCUCCAAAUGUGCCAGUCACAAUACAGAGCGGCAUCCCCAGAGAUGAUAGUGGAGCCAUCGAUUGCAACCAUUUGGUCCAGCUGCUAAAAGAAACACACAGUCUUGAGGACCAGGCAGAUAUACUCUACAUCCUCUUCAAAGACAAGGGUAUGAACUGGGACACUAAUCUGCACGGGAAAGGCUCCACGGUGCAGUCUCUGCUGACUGACCUCUAUGAAAAGGCGGGUGAACUCAAACACUGGGGCCUCAUCAGGAUGAUCUCUGGCAUACUGAAGAAGAAGGUGGAAGAGCUCGACUCGGCCUGCUCUGAUUUGCUGGCGCACCAGAAGCACCUGACCGUGGGUGUACCUCCUGAACCCAGAGAGAAAACCAUCACCGCUCCCAUACCUCCAGACCAGCUGGCUGCGCUCAUCGAUGAGGCCAGCGACAACAACAUCAGCGUGGCCAUACUCACUCAGGAGAUCAUGGUGUACCUGGCUAUGAGCAUAAGGACUCAGCCCGCUCUGUUCAGCGAGAUGUUCAGGCUCCGUAUCGGUCUCAUCAUCCAGGUCAUGGCCACCGAACUGGCCCACUCACUCAACUGCUCAGGAGAGGAGGCUACAGAAAGCCUGAUGAGUUUGAGUCCGUCGGAGCUGAAGAAUCUCCUCCACCACAUCCUCAGCGGGAAGGAGUUUGGAGUCCAGCGCAGCAUGCGAGAGGUGGAUACCAGAAUCAGUCCUGCCAUCUCCAUCCAUCAUCUGGGCAACGUUGGCGCCACCAAGAGCGAGAGAGCCGGCAUCAGCAAACUGAAGAGCGACAUGAAGCUGCUGGAACACAGGUUGUCUUUGACGGAUCCGAGCAAGGCGGAGCACAGGUUGUCCUUGACAGAUCCAUUUAAGGAACCCAGGCUGUCUCUAACAGAUUCAGUUAUGGAGGCGGACAGCGGGGUGUCUUUGAGUGACUCAGUUAAGUUCACCGAGUCACUGACCUCUCCUUACAAGGGCAUGCGAUCUCAGUCACUGGACGUAGAAAACAUCGAAUCUGGGAGGUACCGGCUGGCGUCAGUAGAAUCUCUGGACAUUCCGGAGAGCGUUCCAGUCGCCAAGGAUACCAGACAAGGCCAAUGGCUGCGCAGGAGGCGUCUGGACGGCGCUCUGAACCGAGUCCCUGUCGGGUUCUACCAGAAAGUCUGGAAGAUCCUGCAGAAGUGCCAUGGUCUCUCCAUUGAGGGAUUUGUCCUUCCUUCUUCUACCACCAGAGAGAUGACGCCUGGAGAGAUCAAAUUCUCCGUCCACGUGGAGACGGUAUUUAACCGCAUCCCUCAGCCUGAGUACCGACAGCUGCUGGUGGAGGCCAUCCUGGUCCUCACCAUGCUGGCCGACGUGGACAUCCAGAGCAUCGGCUCCAUCAUCCACGUAGAGAAGAUCGUCCAGCUCGCCAAUGACAUGUUCUACAAGGAUCAGAUGGACCUGGGGGCAGAAGAGCACAUCCUGGAGAGGGACCCGUCCACCGGAGUGUGCAGGCUGCUGUAUGACAGCGCCCCCAGCGGCCGCUUUGGGAGCAUGACCUACCUCACCAAGGCUGUGGCGGUGUACGUGCAGGAUUUGCUGCCCAGCGGGUCGUGUGCCGUGCAGUGAGAGGACACCGUGAACAGAGCAGGCACGAAACCACUUGAUGUCAAUUGUUAGGAGCUGAAACAUAAAAUAUCUUUUACAUUAGAGUGACAAUAAAUUAACAGAGCAUAAAUAGGAUCUGUAUCAUAUCGUCACUGUGUGUUGUUCAGUGACAGAAACGAGUGAAGCUGAAGGUUCGAGACAAAUGUUACAGUAUGUUUUACUAAAGGAAUUGUCGAGAAGAUUGAUGUGUUUGGCCCAUUAGCUGUUUCCUCCCGUUCCCAGUCUUUGUGCUAAGCUAAGCUAACUCUCUGCUGGCUUUAGCUUCACGCUAACUGCACAGACAUGAGUGUGGUACUGAUCUUUUCAUCUAACUCUCAACAAAAAAAGUGACACAGCUUAUUUCGCUAAAAGUCAAACUAUUCCUUUAAAUUAACAAUCGAAUGAAAGUUCACGAAUUGGAGCUAAUGUAUAUUGUCACUGUUUGCGAGACAGUACAGCAGCUGUUGAAGCUGUCGACCACGUUACAUUUAUAGGUUAUAUCUGAACAACGGUCAUCUGCUCAAAUGUCAACUUUAAAAACAGACGCGUGGUCUUUGUCUGUCAAACGGGCACGGACAUCCUGAUCUCCAUGGCGACACAUAUCACCAGAUAGUCCGACACUCACAGAAGCUGUAGCAGCAGUUACCUCAGCCGCAUCUCCUCACUUUGAAGCUUAAGGCUGUUGAUGGGUCCCAACCUCCCUCACCUGUCUCCGGCUCUCUGGCCAAAGCCCAUUGGUUCCUACGGAAGACGUACAUCUGCAAAAACAGGCCACACACAUAUAUAUAGUUUAAGUAAUUUCCUGAAACCGCUGGGAACUGUAGUUUUUUAGCAAACGGUGCAUUUGUCGGGGAAUUAAUACCCAUUUAUUGAUCCAGUGAGUAUUCAAGGCAGCAGGACGUCGUAUGUGGGAUUUAGUAAUAACAAAGUAUACUGUGUAAUGCAGCAACAUGUCACCCAGUGCAACGAUGUGGCCCCUAGAUGCGUUUUUUAAUCAUUUUCGACGACAGUGGAGCCCGAUGGCACAGAGAAAUCAGCUAGUAAAUGGAUACACGGACGAUACUUGUUUGCAGGAUUCAUUCAUUGCUGGACUUGGUCUUUUAAAUAAGAUUUGUUGGACAAAAUAAAAUCUUUAAACCAGUGGAAGUGACGGUGAUUUGACCCGGAAAGUCUCUUAGAGCAAUUCAGUUUCUUUACAGCUGAGUAACCACUGACUAACAUGAACUUUCAGCCACGACGCAACCGGUUUUCCCACUUUUUAUUCACACCAGAUCUUCAAUUAACUUUAUAGACUCAAAAACAUCUGUUGUCAUGUGUGUAACCACUUUGUAACUUAAACAUAAACUGUUACAAAAUCAAAAAUAAUUCUUCUGACUGAUCCUAAUUUAUUACCACACAUAUGCUAAGAUUGUACUUCAACUACAAAGUCUCAUGUCACUCAUACCUCAAAUCCUGCUUUUUGUGUGAUGUACAAAAUAAUGAUAAAAAUUAGAUCAUCCAACUACUAUUUAUUUUAUGGUUCUUAGACGAAAGUUACAAAAGAGAAAAGCUAAAAUAGAUGACAGAUGGGUCUUAGAGAGGACACAGGUCUGUUUGGUGAUUUCUUGGAUGCCUACGUUGUCGCACUUAAAAGUGUGUGCGUGUGCGUGUGCGUGUGUGUGUGUGUAAGUGUAAGUGUGAGUGUGAGUGAAGCCAUAGGAAUGCUGUUUAAUUUUAACCGUGCAAAAAUAGCAGACUUAGAGCUUGUGCAGUAAUUAGAACAAACUUAUUUUCAAACACAUUGAAACAGCUUUUAUUGUGUUCACUUGUUGGAAAUUAAAAGUUUUUAACAUGUAGUUUACUUGAGAUACUGUACGUUUACAGUUAUUUUUGAAAGCAAUGCAGUGAUUUCUAAUUCCCCUUAACACAUGCAAUUUAGAUUUUGUUGCUGUGAAGAAGGGAAAUGCCUUAAUUUACUGCUGUCAUGGGCUAAACUUCAGUUUUGUUAGUUUGACUGUGAUGAUACUAAAAUAAAAAAACGGCCAUUUACUCACACCUAUUGUUUUACAUUGUUUUGGGCACAUUUCACCUUUUAACUGUUUGCUGUACAAGUGUUUUAAUGAUUCACUGUCCAGUACAUUGAGAGAGAAAUGUGAAUAAAUUGAAGGUGAUUAAAGAACAUACAUGAUUAUAUGUGUUUAAGUUUAGACACUGCUGAGAAAUGUUAAAUGUACAAUAACUGAUUAUUUUGUGAUAAUUUAAAGAUGUGAGCGCCACACUCCAUGUGAACUACAAACAUGGCAGAAUGAGAGUCACCUCUCUGCAGAAGAUUAGCAUUAAUAUUAUCAAGUUUGAAACGAAUGGGAGGCAGUGAUUUCUGUGUUACUAGAUAACAAUAUCCACUGUCUGUUUGUUGUUGUUGUUGUUGUUUUUGAAUCUAAUUCUGUAAUAAAAGCGAGAAAUUCA